AUGAGUAGAGUUGGUGUGGGGAGGCUUCCCUUGCCUGAGAAGAAGGAGAGGAGGAGUAGGCGAAGUGGGUGGGAGGAUGAUACCUGGAAAAGAGGACUACGAGCUAGUACAUUGACCUACAAUGAUGUGCAUGUGAACUUCACUCUAGAAGAGUGGGCUUUGCUGGAUCCUUCCCAAAGGAGUCUCUACAAAGAUGUGAUGCUGGAGACGUACAGGAACCUCACUGCUAUAGGUUAUAAUUGGGAAGGUCAUAAUGUUGAAGAGCAUUGUCAAAGUUCUAGAAGACAUUCAAGACAUAAAAGAACUCACACUGGAGAGAAACCUUAUGAAUGUAACCAGUGUGAUAAAGCCUUUGCACAGAGGAGUGCUCUCCUAGUACAUAACAGAACUCACACUGGAGAAAAACCCCAUGAAUGUAACCAGUGUGGUAAAGCCUUUGCACAUAGUAGUGAUCUCUUAAUACAUAAAAGAACUCACACUGGAGAGAAACCUUAUGAAUGUAUACAAUGUGGAAAAGCCUUUGCAUGUAAUAGUAAUCUUCAAAUACACAAAAGAACUCACACGGGAGAGAAAUCUUAUGAAUGCAAUGAAUGUGGUAAAGCGUUUUCAACUAACAGUAAUCUCCAUCUACAUAAAAGAACUCACACGGGAGAGAAACCGCAUGAAUGUGACCAAUGUGGUAAAGCCUUUGCACAGAGGAGUACUCUCCUCUCACAUAACAGAACUCACACUGGAGAAAAACCCUAUGAAUGUAACCAGUGUGGUAAAGCCUUUGCAUACAAGAAUGUUUUCAUAAUUCAUAAAAGAACUCACACUGGAGAGAAACCUUAUGAAUGUAACCAGUGUUGUAAAGCCUUUGCAGAUAACAGUCAUCUCUUAAGACAUAAAAGAACGCACACUGGAGAGAAACCUUAUGAAUGUAACCAGUGUGGUAAAGCCUUUGCAGAUAACAGUGUUCUUCUAAUACAUAAAAGAACUCACACUGGAGAGAAACCUUAUAAAUGUAACCAGUGUGGGAAAGCCUUUGCACGAAGGAGUGCUCUCCUAUUACAUAGCAGAACUCACACUGGAGAAAAACCCUAUGAAUGCAACCAAUGUGGUAAAGCCUUUGCAGCUACCAGUAAUCUCCUAGCAAGAGUUCUCAGCAAUGAGGUAGGGAUCUACACUGGACUUGAAUGUGGAAAUGAAUGUGCCUUUUAA